UUGACGCGGAUCUGAUCUAAGUUCCGUCAAAGUUUGGACGGGAGCAGCUUCAGCGAUCGGCAGGUUGUUUAUCUGUUAAAUUGUUCAUUUCUUUGUUUUAUUGGCUGGUUUGUCAGUUGUUUGGUUUAAUGGCGCCACAAUGACGCUGGUAUCCGUUUAACCGGAACCUGUUGAUUUUUAACGAUUCACGGAGCACCGGCAGGACCAGAAACCAGGACCAGUCACUCCUCCCAGCAUGAGCAUCCAGCCCCGCAGGAUCCGUCUGAAGCCCUGGUUGCUGGCUCAGGUGAACAGCGGCAGGUAUCCCGGGUUACAGUGGCUUAGCCCGGACCACCGACUCUUCCAGAUCCCCUGGAAACAUGCCACUCGCCAUACACCAACGUCAGACGAAGAAAACACCAUAUUUAAGGCGUGGGCUCUAGAGACGGGUAAGUUUCAGGACGGCGUGGAUGAACCCGACCCCGCCAAGUGGAAAGCAAACCUUCGCUGUGCCCUGAACAAGAGCCGCGAGUUUCAGCUGAAGUAUGAUGGAACCAAAGAAACACCCGUCCGACCGUUCAAGAUCUACGAGGUCUGCGAGCAGCCGGGGGGCACAGAUUUCGGUGAUGAUGAUGAUGAGGAGAUGCCGAACCUGAUGGAGCUGACGAUCAACUCCAGGACCCCCUUUGAUGUCCCAACUUCAUCAGAGUCUCCAUUCAGUCUACCCACCAAUGAGACAUUUAGACCUCCACAUGCGAUCCCUGUGACCUCUGACCUCACCAUGACCACGGACCUCCCCAUGGUCUCUGACCUCACCAUGACCACGGACCUCUCCAUGGCUUCUGACCUCCAGGUGGCCCAGGGACCCUUCAUCCAUCCUUCAGGAUUGUGCAGUGGACUUCAAGACACUCUGGCACCUCCAGCCAUCUCCAUGGAGACCAGCAACAUCCAGAACCAGCCAGAGCCUCAGAACCAACAACCUGCCAAAUACGACCUGCUGAGCAGUGUUCCCUUGACAGAUCUGGACCUGAAGUUCCAGUACCGGGGCCGUACAGCGGACUCUCUGACAGUCAGUAACCCUCAGGGCUGCCGACUGUACUUUGGACACCUGGAGCCGACCCCAGAGCAGGUAGACCUGUUCGGGCCAGUCAACCUUCAGCAGGUGCGGUUCCCUGGGACGUCUGCGAUCCAGAACCAGAAGCAGCGGUUCUACACAGAGGCCCUGCUAGACGUGAUGGACCGUGGUUUGAUUCUAGAGAUCUGGGAGCAGGACAUCUACGCUGUCCGCCUCUGUCAGUGUAAGGUGUUCUGGUCUGGACCAGGUAUGCUAAAUCAAGGACCGCCAAACCCACUGGAGAGAGAAAGGAAGGUCAAAGUGUUCAGCCUCAACGACUUCCUGCAAGGGCUGAUCCUGUUCCAGAAAGGGGAGACUCAGACACCGCCCCCCUUUGAGAUCUUCUUCUGUUUUGGGGAGGACUGGCCCGACACAAAACCCAAGGAGAAGAAACUCAUAAUGGUCCAGGUUGUUCCUGUCGUGGCCCGGAUCCUGACAGAGAUGUUCUCUGGAGAACUCAGCUGGUCCAACGACAGCAUCAGGCUGCAAAUCUCAAACCCUGAUGUCAAGGACCAAACAGUGGAGCAGUUCAAGGAGUUGCAGAGACUCCUGCAGAGCCAGCAAAUUCAGGGGCCCUGGACCCCCGCUGUGCCAUGAGAACCUGGGCACUCUCCUCCUCUGUAAGCAGAAGCAGAAACAUGUUUCAGAUCAUUUCAGAUUUUUUUCUAUACUUUCAGAUAUUUUUUUAAUAAACACCGUUCAGUGUUCUGUCAUCCUUCAAUUGUUUUUUUUUUACAUUUUAUUUUGAUAGGAAAUAAACAGGAAAUACUCUGUUCAAUUCUACUGAGCGCUCAGUUACAACUAGACAUAAAACUCCUGACACUGAUCUGAUGUUUGAGGUCAGUUGUUGACAUCAGCGCAGGAUAAACAAUUAAAAAUAAUCAAUUUAUAAGAAAAAUUAUCCCUCUGUCUUCCCUGUUUUGUCUCAAAUUAUUAAAAAUGAUUAGUCUUAAUUAUUUAUUUCUUUGUAUGACAGUUUCAGUGCAUUACACAGGCUGUGUGCUGGAUUAUUGACAUGUUAACUGUUCAGUGUUUGCUGAUUAAUGCCAUGUUUCAACCAUACAAUGCUGCUCAAGGUUCAGGUUUGGAGUCAUAUAUGUUAUGGGGUCAGUUAAAACAGUCAUCAUGGUGGUCAACACCAAAGAUGAUCAACAGAGAAAAAUAAACAUGCAGACAUGCUGGAA